AUGAUAAUCGAAGCGCCGACCUCCGGCCCUCACGUCCUCCUGGCCGAGCAGUGCGGCGGAUUCGGCAUCGGCCUGGCUACUCGCGGCUUCGACGUCGACUUGGACGGCUCUCCAGAGCUUCUGGUCACCUCAUGGCAACAUCAGCCGUCUUUGCUGCUCUUCACGCAGGCGAGCCGGCUAGUUGCACAUUGCCGUGUUAGCGUGCCACCCGUGGUCACCUCUCGAGACAUCAAGGCUGGCGAUAGAAUACCGGUCAGUUUCCUCGCCUCUCUUUAA